AUGUCGACUCCUAAGAACUGGAUAAUGGUGUUGUUUUUAUUUAAUGAAGGGUUCCCUAGCGGGCUGGCCAGCUGUCCCGAUGACUGGAUUCAUUUCCAAGGUUCCUGCUACUACUUUGUAAACAAUUUCACAACGUGGCAUGGAUCGUCAUCAUAUUGUCAGAGUCAAAAUUCCGAGCUGGUUGCUGUGGAAACUGAAGUAGAAAAUGACUUUCUCCACAGAUUCAUACAACGAUUUAGAUGUUCCUUUAAUGUCCCUUUCUGGAUUGAUGCGACCGAUAUGAUCUCUGAUGGUGUCUGGGUUUGGGCUUCUUCACUCACUCCAUUAACCUACUUCAACUGGGGCAAGAACGAACCCAAUGGAGAUAUUAACGAGGACUGCAUCUCAGUAGAUUCUGGGAUGUGGAACGACCUCCGGUGUGAUGAUAGAAGAUACUUUGUCUGCGAAAAAAAGACGCUGCCUAUUUCAUGUCCAUCUGAAGGGAGUUCAAUUAUCGGGUAA